GUCUGGAAGACCGGGAGGCGCUGGUGGACCUGGAGGAGUUGGGGGACAGAGAGGCAGCAGCGGACCGGACGGUGGCGUAGGACCUGAUGGCGGAUUUCCCCAAGGAAGCCGGGGUCCAGACGGGUCGCGAACUUCACCAACAUACCCCUCAGGAGAUGGUGCAGGCUCUCGAGGAAGUGGGUCUGGAAGCCCAGGAUCAGGUGGCGGAACUGGAACGCCUGGAACUGGCGGCGGAGCUGGAAGACCUGGAACUGGUGGCGGAUCUGGAGGCCCUGGAACAGGAGCUGGAGCUGGAGGGCCUGGAAGUGGCGAAGGUCCUGGAUCACCAGGUACUGGUGGGCCGCCUGGAUCACCAGGUACUGGUGGACGUCCUGGAAGACCUGGUAGCCCUGGCACUCUGGGAAGACCUGGCACAGUUGGAACAGCAGGAAGACCCGGAACAGGAGGAACACGCGGAAGACCUGGAACAGGUGGAACUGCAGGAAGACCCGGAAUAGGAGGAACACGCGGAAGACCUGGAACAGGUGGAACUGCAGGAAGACCUGGAACAGGAUCCGGAAGACCGGGAGGCGCUGGUGGAUCUGGAGGAGUUGGGGGACAGAGAGGCAGCAG